AGAAGAAUUUCUCUCGCGCAGAACUCUGGGUAGGGCAUUCCAUUGUCCGCCAUAUUGUUUCAGCGUCCUGUUUGUAGGAUAGAGGGGAGAUGAAGGGGAUUCGGGGAAUAAGUCAGCUAUCGACAAGGCUUUACGCAGCCCAUGCUGCCCGUAAGGUGGAUGUCACUACGGAGCACGUCAAGUUCCAUCCGCAGGAGGUGCAGGUGACCAAACUUCCCAGCGGCCUGGUGAUAGCCUCGUUGGAAAACUACUCCCCAGCUUCCAGGAUCGGUGUGUUUGUGAAGGCUGGCUGUCGCUAUGAGUCCCUGGAGAACCAGGGAGUCACCCAUCUGCUCCGCCUGGCUGCCAACCUGACUACCAAAGGUGCCUCAGCCUUCCGGAUCUGUCGUGGUGUGGAGGCAGUAGGAGGCAGCCUUGGUGUGACAUCAUCCAGAGAGAACAUGAUGUAUUCAGUGGACUGUCUCAGAGACCACAUUGACACAGUGAUGGAGUACCUGAUCAAUGUGACCACAGCUCCAGAGUUCAGACCGUGGGAGGUGUCCGAUCUUACACCCAGAGUUAGGGUGGACAAAGCCUUGGCCGCUCAGAAUCCCCAAGUUGGUGUGAUUGAGGCUCUACAUGAGGCUGCUUACAAGAACGCCCUGUCCAACUCCCUCUUCUGCCCAGACUACAUGGUCGGCCAUGUUAACGCUGACCAUAUGCACAAUUUUAUUGAAAAUAAUUUCACCAGUGCAAGAAUGGCUCUGGUUGGGCUUGGAGUGGACCACAGAGUGCUGAAGCAGGUGGGAGAGCAGUUCCUCAACAUUCGCAGUGGGGUGGGUGCUACAGGGUCCAAGGCUCAGUACCGCGGCGGUGAGGUGCGGGAGCAUAAUGGGUCCAGCCUGGUGCACUCUGCUGUGGUUUCUGAGGGAGCAGCGGUGGGCACAGAUGAGGCCAUGGCCUUCUCUGUACUACAGCACAUCCUGGGGGCAGGGCCACACAUCAAGAGAGGUUCUAACUCCACCUCCAAACUCACUCAGGGCAUCGCAAAGGCUACUGCAGACCCCUUUGAUGCCUCUGCUUUUAAUGCCAACUACUCUGACUCUGGCCUGUUUGGAAUCUACACCAUCUCCCAGUCUGCAGCAGCUGGUGAUGUGAUCAAUGCAGCCAUUGGCCAGGUGAAGGCUGCUGCCGGGGGGGUCUCAGAGGCCGACUUGACCUGUGCCAAGACCCAGCUGAAGGCUGAGUACCUGAUGUCACUGGAAAGCUCAGAGGGUUUGUUAGACGCCAUGGGUUCACAGGCUCUGGCCGGAGGGACCUACCACACCCCAGAAGCUGUGUUACAGAAGAUUGACUCUGUCUCUGCAACUAGUGUAGCCAACGCUGCAAAAAAGUUUGUGUUGGGCAAGAAAUCCAUGGCUUCCAGUGGAAACCUCAUCAAGACACCCUUUGUUGAUGAGAUCUAAAACCUUCCAACGGUCUGCCUAUUGAUUUGAAUACCCACCUGACCAUUCAAAACAAAAUACAGAGUAAUCGGUCAGUGUUCUCACAGCAAUAUUUAUAGUUGUUCCUAUGUUAUGUGGAUCAUCAAUGGUCAUUCAAGAAAUAAAUUCUACACUUUCCAUUUCCUGAACUGUAUAGCUGAUGUAAAUGAAUUAAAAGGAUGUCUACUUAAAUAUC